AACUAGCUCGCAAAAUUCCGGGAGAAAAGUUGGCCGUACUGCGAAACUCUUUUAAGGAAAGCUUUUAAUUAAGGGUUUACGUCAUAACAUUGAGCGCGUCACUUUAACAGGCAGCAAAGAAACCCGCGGAAGGCAAGUAGCGCGCCGGGCCGGCCAGGCAUGCUCCGAGGGCCGCCGAGGAGGAGGAAGAGGAGGUGGAGGCGGAGUUGCAGAGAGCCCACUGGGCCGGAGGCGGGCGGCCGCCACACGUGUAGCUGGGAGAAGGCGGGCCGGGCGGGGAGGCGCUGUACCUGCGGCCGGUCGGGCGGGAGCGGUUCUGGCGGAGCUGGAAGUCGCGCUCGACCAGCAGGGCGGCUGCGGCGGGCUCUGUCCCGCGCUCAUGGCCGGCCCAAGUUGGCGGCGGUGCUCGCCGUUGCUGAGGCGCUGAGCGGCUCCCCUUAAAUCUCCUCCGGCGCCGACAUGCCGCGCAGGCUGGAUAAAUUUUUGCAAAUCGCCCCGCAUUCCUUGGCUAUCGUGCUGAGCCCCUGCGGCGGGGAUGAAGCCGCGCCGCCCGAACAAGCAACCCGAGCGCAGCGAGAAGGCGACGCCGGCGGGGAAGCGGGACGGGGAAGCCGGGCGGAAGGCGAGCCCGCGGCGGACAGCGAGCUGGGGCGGCACCACAUCGGCUACGAGAUCUUCGCCGACUUCAAGCAGGGCAACAUGCAGCACUUCUGGAACCAGAAGGUGACCGCGGCCGUGGCCGAGACCUUCUUCUUAGGCUGGAUCGACGAGCAGGUGCUGCUGAUCCAGGGCAAGGAGGAGCACCUGGAGGCGCUGCGCGAGGGUUGGAUGCGCAGGGCUCUCAAACCCCCCGCCGGCUUCCAGAUCAAAUGCCUGGGUGAUGUAUCGCCAAUCAGUAUGUCACCCAUCAGUCAAUCACAGUUUAUUCCACUUGGAGAAAUCCUUUGCUUGGCCAUCUCAUCAAUGAACUCAGCACGAAAACAAGUCACGCAAGAAGCAUUAAUAGAGCACCUAACAACCUGCUUUCCUGGUGUUCCAACUCCAAGUCCUGAAAUCCUUCGUCAUACCUUAAACAUGCUUGUACGAGAAAGAAAAAUAUACCCAACUCCAGAUGGUUACUUCAUUGUGACCCCACAGACUUAUUUUAUAACACCUUCUCUCAUAAGAACUAACAGUAAAUGGUACCAUCUGGACGAGAGGAUACCUGACAGGUCUCAGUGUACCUCUCCACAGCAAGGAACUAUAACUCCUUCCACCUCGGGCUGUGUAAGAGAUCGAACGUUACCUAAAAACCAUUGCGACUCUUGCCAUUGUUGCAGAGAAGACAUGCAUAGCAUGCAUGCAUCAACUCUACAGAGGAAAUCAACAAAAGACUGCAAAGACUCUUAUUGCCCCCCUUCUCUUUGCCAGGUGCCACCCACUGAAAAAAGUAAAAGUACUGUAAAUUUUUCUUACAAAACAGAGACACUUUCAAAGCCUAAAGAUGGAGAAAAGCAGUCUAAAAAAUUUGGGCUAAAAUUGUUUCGACUGAGUUUCAAAAAAGAUAAGACAAAACAGCUGGCCAAUUUUUCUGCCCAAUUUCCUCCUGAAGAAUGGCCUUUACGGGAUGAAGAUACUCCUACCACUAUACCGAGGGAGGUAGAAAUGGAGAUUAUUAGGCGUAUCAAUCCUGAUUUGACUGUGGAAAAUGUCAUGAGGCACACUGCACUAAUGAAGAAGCUUGAAGAAGAAAAAGCUCAAAGGAGCAAGGCUGGAUCAUCAGCUCAUCAUAGCGGGAGAAGCAAAAAGAGUAGAAGUCAUAGAAAAUCUCAUGGAAAAUCUCGGUCGCACAGCAAAACUCGAAUCUCUAAAGGAGAUCCUUCAGAGGGUUCUCAUUUAGAAGUGCCGGGUGAAAGGGAAUAUGAUUUCUAUGAUCCUCUCAUGAGGUCCCCAAGGGAAGGCUGCUACAUAAUAGAACACAAAAGGGAAAACUUUAUCAUGCACAGCAGUCCUAAUGUUCUUGAGUCUCAUUUUCCUAUGACACCUGAAUGGGAUGUAUCUGGUGAACUGGCCAAAAGGAGAACAGAAAUGCCUUUUCCUGAACCUUCAAGAGGAAGCUCCCAUUCUAAGGUCCAUCGAAGCCACAGCCACACACAGGACCGAAGAUCAAGAAAUGAGAGAUCUAAUAAAGCCAAGGAACGAUCUCGAUCUAUGGAUAACUCAAAAGGACCUCUGGGUACUGCUUCCUUAGGUACCCCUGAAGACAUAAUUGAAGCUUGCAGCCAAGAUGACCAAGCAACCAGUCAGACAUAUAUAGAUGAUAGCACCUUAAGGCCUUCACAAUCACUUAGUCAUCAAAGGGCUCUUCUGUCAUCUGUAAAUUACAAAGAGGUAAUUAAACCUGAAAAGACUGUUGGCAGUGCAGAAACUCCUACUUCCUGUACCUUGUUAGAACAAAGCAAACCAACUGAGAACUUACCACCUUAUAAUGAACUCAGUUCUUGUACAACAAAGUCAGCCAUUGAUGAUUAUUUUCAGUGUAAUACUUCCAGUGAAACAGUACUCACAGCUCCUUCACCUUUAGGAAAAAACAAAGAUGACAGUGAUCCAGUGACUUUGGCAGACAGUACGAAAAAAGUCUCUCCCUCAGAAAGACAGUCACAGCACUUAGCUAGAGAACCAGGAGUUCAUAGAGAGGAGUCACCUAAAGGGCCAAGUAAUAGUAGUGGGCCAAUUGCAACAAGUCAGACAGCUGAAGUAAUUACAAAUGGCCGACUAGCUCAACAUCAUAGCACAGAGUCCAGUAGCCUUGAUAAGAGGAAAGAAAUCUUUAGUAAAGACACACUUUUUAAGCCUCUCCACAGCACUCUAUCUGUCAACAGUUUUCACAAACCUAAUGUGCCACACUUAAAACCUCAUCAAAAGACACCUUCUGAAACUUUGCCGAGCAGAUGUGAUAAACUUGAACAAGCUAUGGUAACCUCAGUCACACAAGUCAUACCAAUUCCCCAGAGGCAGCAAGAAACAGCUGGAAACCAAGAAGCAGCUUUUGAUUAUUACAAUGUCUCUGAUGAUGACGACUCUGAGGAAGGGACUAAUAAGAAUACAGAGGAAGAGAAGAAUCGGGAUGAUGUGGGCACUAUGCAGUGGCUUCUUGAGCGAGAGAAGGAAAGAGACUUGCAAAGGAAAUUUGAAAAGAACCUCACUCUACUUGCUCCAAAGGAAACGGAAAACAGCAACAGCCAGAGAGCCACACAUUCAGCAAGGCUGGACAGCAUGGACAGCAGUAGCAUCACAGUUGAUAGUGGAUUCAAUUCUCCACGUACCCGUGAGAGCUUAGCUUCCAAUACUUCAAGCAUUGUUGAAAGCAACAGACGCCAAAAUCCAGCUCUCAGUCCUGCGCAUGGUGGUGUAGGUCCAGUGUUCAGCUUCCGAGCAACUGCUGACCCUCCAACAAGCGAAACUGAAAAACUGCAGAAACCCGCUAAUUGCUUGCAAGCUUCUGUUACAAGUGUUUGAUAGUGCUUCUGCCUCACAUCUUCUGUCUCAUCGUAUACAUCAAAGUUUACGACACUGAGAUUGAUGUUUACGUGUUUGGAGGGAAAAAAUAAACCAGGCAUUUUAACUGCAUAGUUUUUGUGUCAACUUAAACUGUGCUGCUAGAUAGGCUAGGGGCAACAAAGAAAUCUUUAUUUCAAGGCAUUGCUUUUCACAUUUUGCGGCUCUGUAGCAACAGAAUAGGGACAAUAUGUACACUUUUGCUUCACUUAUUGUAACUGAGCACAUAUAUGAAAGUCUAGACACUGUAAGUGUAAUCUGCAUUUUCAAUGUCAUGCAGUUGCCAACUUCAUUUAAAAAUGCCACAGAUAUGUGAUGCCCCCACCACUGAUUAAACUAUUUACCACAGAUGUGAUUUUUUUGCUUUAUAAACUGAGCCUUCAUCGAAAGUAAACAGCUAAAGGGUCACCUUGAAGGCAAACAAUGCCAAACAAGAUUAGGAAAGACCUCAGCUCUACCUGUGAAUUAUUUAUAUAUCUGUCAUUUUCACUGUGAGUCUUCAUGACAUGAUCUUGCAAGAAAUCAUAGCAAAAGUUAGUUAAAAGAGGUCAUGUUUUUAAAAUGUGGGAAGAGGUAGGAGCUAAUGGAGAAGUUACCUAUCUUUAUGUUACUUGAGUUCUUUUAAAGUAAAAAGUAGAUAUUUGCCUAAAUCUUAUAUCUUAAUUUUGCAUAUUUGCAAGGAGGGGUUUAAUACUUGUAAUAGAUGAUGAGUAAAGAAAAUACUAACUUUGACUGGGACACAUCAUUAAGUGAUAGGAGAGGUAGCAAACAUAGCAAAUACUAAAUAGCAAAUAAAGUUAAGCAAUCACUUUAAUGUGUUACCCCAGCUAUUACCCCCCAAAUAUUACUAAUAUUGAAAGAAUUUGAACAAUUAUUAAAAAAAAUCUCUUUGUAAUACAAAUAAUAGUGGCCUGAAGAGUUGAUUUCUUUCUAUGGAAGGACAUAUUAUAUUUCUAUUUUAUGUAGAUUUUAGAGUGCCUAAAUUAGGCUAUUGAAAUGAGCUUACAUUGUAGAAAACAGAUAUAGAUACUAAUAAACUUCAGGCUUUUUAUUGAAUUAUAUUUCUUUGUAAGUAAACAUUGUAUGGAAAUACUAAGUUUAAGAACAAUCACAGAAAUUGAAAUUAAACAUAUCUAGAAGUGUUGCUGAUAUGCAGGGAGAUCACUUUCCUGAUAUGAGAGGUGAUAAAAAUUGAUGCAUAGAAAUCUAAUUAGAUUUUUCAUUAUCAAAAGCUAGGUCCAUAAAAUACAUUAUUUACCUCUCGUAUAAAAUUCAUAAAGUUAAUAACAGAAGUUCUGUAUGCAUUGAUUUAUUAUAAAGUAUAUGUCCUGCAAUGGCUAAUCCAAAGUAAUUUAUUUUUGAAAAAAAAAGUAUACUAAAUUAAUGGUUAGAGAAGUUUACAGUUUCAGAAGUAAACUUGAAUAAUAUAAAGGGCCAAAUUCUGCUUCAGUUAUUUAUGCAAUCCCACAUUGCAGAAAAUUUGUUUUUCAAACAAUCAUAAUAGUGGUGCAAGUCAAACUAUGAAAUUCAGUAAGAUCAGGAGUAGUGUAAAUUGUUGUGCACAUUGACAUUUACACUAUUUGUCUUUUGUUGAUCUUCAGGUGAUAAAAUCAAAUAUACCAUUAAAGGCAGUAUUUCAUCAACUAUUGGUGACAAUAUAACUUUUCAAGCUUCACUUGUGUUCUGUGUUGUCUUCUGAAGGUGCACUUUGAAACCGGUUUUGAACAGCUUGCAGGUGCUUCUUGAAAUAGCUUUAUAAAUCUCAGACUUGCUUGGUUUCAGUUUACCUUUUGAUCAGUUACUUCCACUGGGUUUGGAACCUAUUGAAAAACCUAGAAGAAGUUCAGAAGCAAUUCUGACCAAGCAGGAGCCGCUUUCUUCCCUUCAGUGUUGGGAAGCGUUCCACCAUGCUUCCUGAGUCAUUUCAUUUUGAGUUGCAACCAUUCUACAGUUAGAACAAGCAGUACAGGAGAAGGACUGGAUACCUUAUUUAUUAUCAUGUGUAAGUUCUGUUUCCUGCAAAGAGAAAGGUAGAGCCCACUGCACAUAAUGAAGAAUAUUAUGCUGCUUGAUUCCUUGGUCACCUCUCCUCUGAAUUUGAAACUAUGUUGUAAUAACCCAGUAAGGCAUUGCUGGACACAACUUAGUACUGACACAUAUAACAUUAGCAGUAUUUUAAUACAUGCAAAUUCCAAAUAGGUUUUGAGGGGGGGAAACUGUUAUCAUAGUCAUUAUAAUUUGAAUUUGAAACAUGUUCUGAUAGUAUCAUAUGUAUUAGUUCACCAAGUAAAAAUUGUAGAAACAGGUUGCUUAACUUAUGGCCAAAAGCAAAAAUUAAAACAGUAUUAAAUGGGGCAGAUACUACCAUAUGGGAAACUACUUUAUUCAUAAAUGAGAAUUAUUGAAAUGGGUACCUGUAGCAGUUAUGCAAAAUAAAUCACACCACUGUUAUAUUUACAGAUUAUCUUAAGUUGACAUUUAAGGGUUCCCAAAGAAGAGCUUUAAAAAGGUCCUGGCUAUGUUGGCAUGGUUAUUGGCCAAUAGUAUGUUUAUGACUUUUUAUUAGCAUUAAUGUAAUUCUUGCAACAUGUAAUAUAAACAGAAGUUACAAAAAGAAAUGUUCUUAUUGUGCAUUAUUUUUUAAGGAAAGCCCAUCUUGAGAUUAUAGAUAUAUACCCACAGGAGUGGAGCUUGAGUGUUGAGUGAUAAACUGUUAUCCUGUGAUAAAAUUACGAUGAUCUUGUAUUACAUGGUUGAUUAUCCUCCUUUUACUAUAUCAACUGAAAGGUUUACAAAACCAGAAUGCGUUGAAUUUCUAUGUUGUGACUUUAAAGGGUCAACACAAAUCUGUCGGCAUUUUGCACACUGAAUAUGUAUUAUUAUAAUACAACAUUUUACUUUUAUGGUAAAAAAAGAUUUUUUUACACAUAUAACUACCUCCAUGAAUUUGAUGAAAUGCAGCAACAUUUUAAAAAAGGUAAUGUUAAGAGCAGCAUUUAAAACUUUAUGAAGAAAAAAGGCCAUGAUGUUCUCUCGUGUGUCGGUGCUUGUGUAUGAAGUCAUUUUUCAUUGCCAUGAUUUCCUGUUACUGUGUUAAAUUGGCUUUUGACUUUAGUAGUACAAGAUUUUAUAAAAAGUUGUAGAAUCUUUUAGAUAAACAAAGGGAGGAUCAAAAUUGUCCUUUGUAUUUCCAUUUCUGUUGAAAUGUCAACCUGAUAGAAAGUCAAGUGUUGCUUGUAAUUUAGAAGCCUGUUAAUAGAUACAGUAUUUGGAAUAUGACUGGCAGUUUAGGGCUUAACAGGAGACACACUGGCUAUUUUAACUGCCUCCAUUGGAACACUUUGGGCCCUAUUCUGCCCCACUUGUGGGCAGAAGCAUGCCAUAACUUAACUUACAUCCUUACAUUAAUUGCCCAUGGGUGUGAUAAAUUUCUCAGUUUUUGAUCUUAGGCAUCUUGGGGGUUAAAUAUUAUAAGUUGAGUCCUUUUUACAAUGAAAUAAGUAGUCUGAUGUCUUGACAUUUUGACAUCGGGAAUGUAGCCACAAUAUAAGAUGAAACCCCUGGUUUUCAUUUUAAAAUGAUAAUCAGGUUGUUUCCUUUUUUUUUAAUGAGGAGCAGUUAAGAAGUACAUUAAAAAAUCUAGAGACAGUUGGAGGAUCAAGAGGCAUUUAAAUGGCAGCUGCCUUACAACAGCUAUAUUGCUUCUGAUGUGCUAGACAUACAGGUUGGAUUUUUCACUUCAAUGCAGGCUUUUUAAAAAGAUAAUUGGAGGAACAUAUUUUCGGAAUAUUUUAAGAUGUUAAAAAGUAAAAUAGUAUUUAUUAUAUUCAUGGCCAUGGAUAGAGUGUGCCUGAAACAUACAGCAAAGAUAUCCAGAUUCUGCAGCUGCAAUCUGAAUGGUAGUUUGCUCCUGUGCUCCUUUGUUCACCUGAAAGGAGAACCGCAACUAUACCUUUCCUAAUGACAACCCUAUGCAGAUCCAUCCAGAAAUCAAGAACUAAUCCACCCUCCAAAGGUGAAGGGAUUAAUCUCCCUUAUAGAAAUGCAGAAGAUGCCACUUCCCAGAAUUCAAGCUGUAUGGUGCGGUCAUGGACAACAGUCCUCCCUGAAUAUAAUAACUAGAUAAAUAUAAAAGUUGUGUAAUUAAACAGCAUUCUUACUCUCAGUAAAUCACCAGCAUUAGCUGUCCAUAAGAAAUGGCAGCUACUUCUAUUUUGGGAGGUAGUGAAUGAUUUAAUAAAAAGAGUAGGUCAUGAAGUAGUGGUUAUAGGUUGCACUGAUAUUGUGCCUUGACUUCACAAGUCCAAACUCCACUGAAAUACAUUGACUUGCUUUUAAGUAAGUGUUCUUAGGUUCACAAAUUUAUCAAGUAAGGGUGCUGCCAUCUGACCUGAAUUUAUUGUACAUCAGAGGAUCUUUGCCUGACUGCUUAUAAUAAAUGUUUAAAAUAAGAUCAGUAUUAAUACAGCAGCAUUCAUUUAAAGUUAUUGAAGAAAAGAAACUACUAUGAAGCCUUGCACUAGCUCUUACCAGAGUGCCAUAAUGUCUGACUUCCAACAACAGAGCCGUUCCCAUUGACAAAAAAAAAAAAAAGUCAAUGCAAGCAAGGAAAAAAAUUAAAUAUAUUUUAUGCGGGACUUACCUUAACAGGAAGUCAACAAAUUCAUUAAUAUAGUUUGUUGUAGUUUAUACUUCUUUCUGCUCCUCUAUGCAAGUGAUAUUAUAAAAUAGAAAAACUUUCUUUUUGUGGUCUGGCUUUUGAAAAAGAAAAGAAAGUACCCUUUCAGUCCUAAGCAUUCAGAUAAUUAUUGUAAGCAUUAUUUUUUUCAAGGUCUGUGGCACUUCCAAAUUGACCAUCCCUGAUCUGCCCUUUUUGAGAACUUAGACAUUCUUGGAUUACCUACCAAGAAAUGGUCACAGCCUCUUUGAAAGCACACAAACCAGCUACUGGAGGUUUAUUCUCCAUACAGCUGACAUUUUAAGCCUUUCUCUGCUGCAGAUUUCUAUACGAGGUGCUAUCACUGGAUUUGGGAUCAAAGGAAGGCUAGUAAGAUAUCUCAUGAUAUUGUUACAUGCUGUCAUUCCAAAUCUGCUUUCAUGUUCAUUGGUGCAAAUCAUGUUUACUUUAAUUGAAAUGAUAGAAUAUACAUAGACUUUGCGUUCUUAAAAUGGCUUGAAUAUUUUUGUUUGUUUUAAAGAUAACAUUACUGGAAUAGAACCAUUAAUGUCAUAAUAAUGGUUUCAGCUCAGCUCAAGAUGAAUGCAUAAAAUGUUUGUAUGAUAUGCAUUUAGUACACAAAGUGUAAGACAAAUGUGGGGGUUAAGUAAUGUGUGGAACUAACUAUAUUGUACUACAGUUUUUUGCUCAUAAUAUUGCAGUCUUUCUUAGAGCCGCAAAGACAGAGUUUAAACAUCAGGUGAUAAUUAGGAAAACUGCUGAUCCCCCAUUUUAGGUGCAGAGACAGAUUGAAAAACAGACCUGCUGCAUAGCAUGAUGGCAAAAUUAGCAGGACAAUUCAGGCUUCUGUGAGCCAUGGAUAAAACAAAAUAUGGUGCCUCUUCUAACAUGUGACUGAAGCAAAGGCUACACUCAACACUUCAGAGAAGUGCAAUGUAUUACUAGCUUAUGCAGCAGUAUAGAACAGUAGUGACUUCUAUAUGUUGGAUAGGUAUAAUUUGAAUAGAGUCAUUGAGAUUUAAUUUUAUUGGAGAAAUACAUAUAGAGCUAUUGUAUUUCAUAAUUUGGGCCUGCAAGCUCCUAUCAUGUCAAGUAUAUGAUACACAAACACUUCAUAAACUCACCAGAGUGCCUCCACUUUGAGUUCUGGAUCAUAAAAGGUAUUCUAGACAAAUUGCUCUUCUCUCUGUGAGAAACUUACCCACACACACCCCUUGAUGCUAGUUGAUAAUCAUCUGUAACAGUACUCUGAUUUUCAAGUUACAAUGCUGUUAAAAUGGAUAGACAUCAAACACCUGCCUGUGACCAUGAAAGAUCUCAAUAGGGCCCAAUGAGUAACUUAUAUGUCAUCAAAAGACUUUCCAUUUAAGGGUUCAUAAUUCUGCAGGUAACCUUCUGUGAGUGACUGAAUGUGACUGUUGCAUUAGGUUUAAAUGAGUAAAUAAAUGCAAGUGGGACUUACUGUAUGCUAGAAGGGAGUUUUGCAACCAAGACAGCCUUGUACAAAUGUGUUUGCACUGAAAAAGAAAUAUUAAAAUUACUUGGUCUCUGGUUGCUGUAAAGGUCAUCCAAGCUGGAUGUUCUGUUUAUAUUGUACAGAAUUUCAUAUGAAAUAAUUACAGUUCAUGAAAUGUCUUCCCUUAACGUUACUGAUUUAUAACAGCACAUUUGUGACAUGGUUUUUAUUGUGUCAGUGUACCAUAUUGUAAAUGAUGAUAACUUGUCAUGCUUAGUAAAAUAACUUAAAAAAAGGACAGGGAUUUUUGUAAGUCUAUAUUUGAAAGUCCCUUCAUAUGGUAAUACUGUGUUCAUGUUGUUUAUGUAGUGUUGUGUGAAAUAUCCAUUUUGGAUUGUGUUACUUUUUAAAAUAUUAAAUAACAUUUGGUUA